AGGUAGUCGUUUUAUCAAGUUAGUAGAUUGAGAUUUCACCACUUUUCAUCAUUGUGGAAGUUUUUUUCUUUCUAAGCUCGUGUCUGCAGACGCGAGAAGUAACAGCAGGCUGAAGAGUGUAUAUGAUUGCACCAUAUAUUUUUGAAGAAUUUGUUGUACCUUGCACAAGUACAGGACUAAAGUCUGUCAAAAUCUGAAGAGGGGACGAUGGCGCGAUAAAGAAUGUGUUUCCCACUCCGCUGCGUGGGAUCAUCAGAUUAAGAAUACGACAUCGACGCUGGUUGUCAUUACUCUCGAUCGUCGUUUUUUGACCGUGGUUUCUUCUAGUACCAAAACGAGCAGCCGCAAAAGACCAGCAAAGUUUGCGAGCACAGGCAUAGGUAGUCGUGUGCUGGAGCGAGUACAUGCUCUGAGAUAUCGCUCCUGUAGAAGAAGGAGAGGCACCAGUUUGACGAACGCACCCGCACCUCCGACUUAUAAGUAAUUCGAUAGAGUCGCUUUCGUCGUUCCAGUGUUUGGAAGUAGUCAACGUCGUUCUAGUGUUUGGGAUCGCAGCGAGUUUGUUGAAAGAUGGUGCUCUACUAUUGGUGGCGUGACGAGUCAGCAGAUGAAGUGCUGUGGCCCAUCUCGACAAUGAACAUGCACUGGUUUUUUAAAGGUAAGAAACCAACCUUUUAGAGCUAAAGUAAAGUAACGACAACUAAUAUUGACCCUGAGGAGACUUCUAACUGAGUAAGGCUAGCUACCUCACAACCAAACGCACUAAUCAACCAACUAACUAAAACUAAGUGACAGACUGUAACUAAUUGCUUAUUUAAUUAAGUAGUUGUAGUGAAGCAAGUAUCAGUUUUGAAUCUAUCCAUGCAAGGUACGCAGAUGGGCCUUCUCGGUGGCUUAGGCACAGGCUUGCUCGUAGGCAUAUCAAGGAAAGGAGCGACGACGCAGUCGCUGGUUCACGACGCAACGAGAUAUCUAAAGUGGGGUGGCCAGAUGGGCAUACCCUACACGGCUGUCAAAAACGUCUCAGAUAACGUAUUCCUUUAUUCAUUCUUGCGAGAUUUAUACAGUGUGAACAAGGUGAUGUUCUUGCGCUAGGAUUUUUAGGCUUGUCCUGGAGGUGAAUAUCAUGGUUCAAAUGAUGAAAUGGAGACGACAGGAAUUUUAUGUGAUGUCGCAAAGCUUAUGAUGCAGAUGUUGCCCGGUGUGAUGAUGUCGCAAAGGGAGUAGCAAUAAGUCUCAGUUUUCCAUUUUCCUGCAUACCAUCUCCAUUCCACUCGUCUCCACGAGGCUUGUAUUUCCCUCUCUUCAACACUCACUCCCCUGUUCAGGCACAAGUAAGUUUGGACACUCUUAAGGAGCGAGCAUAUGCGCUGGAAAUGAACACGUGGCACAACCGAAUAGACACUGGAACGCUCAUCGGAGCAAUAGUCGGAAGGUAAAACUUAAGCGGUUCAUUUUGCCUCACAUGACCCCCUUCGUCCAAAUCUUAUCAGAGAUUAUUGACUGAAGGAUGGUGGUGUGUUUCAUCUUAAAUUAGAAACUACUCGCUUCCGCUCGCAUAGAUUCAUUCCCUGGCUAAGACUCAUUCGGAGUGGUUCUCGCACGAACCUUAAAGAUAGUACAUAUUUUGACAUAGAAUUUAGCAGUUACUCGUUCUCGUUUGAGUCAUGUACUAAUAGACAAAACAAAGAGAAUUUUGUAUUUCAGGAUCGCGUUGAACGAUCCCCGUAUAUGGAUGGCUACAUGGGGCAUGAGCAAAAGUCAAGUAAUUCCAGCUUGUGGAACCUAUGCUGGGGCAUUUGCAGGAAUGGCGCUUCUUCUACCCUUGUACUACAUUAACUUUGCACUGUAAUAUGCUGCUUCUCUAGUAUUCAAUAGAACACGACUCCGUCUUCAUCUGUAUAAUGUCAUUGUUUCCUCUGUGUCCUCUCGCCAUCUACUAACGAAUCCAACUAUCAAAAACAACCAACACCACAGGUAUUUUGUCUCCUAA